ACCAGUCCAAGUUUGGCUUCCUGAACAAGUGGUAGGUGAAAUUGAAAUGAGCUCCGUCCAGUUCUUUCGCUCGAACCCGUGGAUUAUUGUACUCCAAUUAUGCGCUUUCUUGCGCUGGUGCGAAGGUGCCCCAGUGCAUCAAAAUGAGGCACUGCAGCAACUCAGUCAGAUGAAUGUGACCCAGGCGAAUCUCAUUGCGUCCAACUCCACCGUGAAGUGCAGCCUGACUCCGAAUCUGUGUGACUGGCAACUGCAUCUCUACGAAGGCCACGCAUUCAGUGUGCCCCUUGCACAGACAAUGGAAAGCACCACCACCCGAGCACCACCACUUCCAACGGCUGGUCAGAAAAUGUUUGAAUUGAACCACAAAGUCAGUGGAGCACAGCUGUUUAUUCUGGCAGAGAUUGAGCCCAAGUCCAGACGCAGAUUGAGGAGAAAAAGAAAACUUUGGCGACGAGCCACUUUUAAUCACUCGAGUAAACAGAAAUUUAUCUUGCUGGUCGUUCAAUAAAUAUCCGAAAUGAA